UGUUGAGGUGUUUUGUGAAAUGUACUGUUAAGUGCAGAAUUGCAGAUAGGUGGACAUUACAUCUCCGGCCAUGGCGACCCAGUUUUUGAAGAACGAAGUGCUGCCCUUUGCGACUAUGUUCAUGGUGGAGACCUGCGAGAUGUCAAUUGUGAUUCUUGCAAAAGCCGCCAUGAAUGCGGGCUUGAACACCCUUGUGUACGUCGUUUACUACAACUCCCUCGGCACUCUCCUCCUCCUUCCAUACGUCGUCUUCUACCGUAGAAGCAGAACUCACCCUCUUCCUAUUAGCUUCUCGAUUCUCCAUAGAUGCUUCAUCCUCGGCUUGCUCGGGAUUUGUUUGCUUCAGAUCCUUGCUUAUACUGGGAUCAACUACAGCUCCCCAACUCUGGCGGCAGGGAUUGGAAAUUUGAUGCCCGGUUUCACCUUUAUUCUAGCAGUCAUUUUCAGGAUGGAGAGGUUAGAUUUAAGAGAGAUUACUAGUCAGGCAAAAUCUUUGGGCACUGUAGUGGCUAUUACAGGUGCAAUGGUCAUGACUUUGUAUCAAGGACCUACCCUUUUUGGAUCUACACAUUCUGAAUCAACUCACCCACCUCUUGAAUCAACUCACCAAUCUCUCUUAUCACAAAACUCAAACUGGGUUCUUGGUGGUUGCCUCAUUACUCUUACUUCCCUUAUGUCUUCUGGGUGGAAUAUUCUUCAGACUGCUACUUUGAAGGAGUACCCUGAGCAACCCACAGUAGUGUUCUUCUUUUGUUGUUUUGGAACCAUACAAUGUAUAAUUUACUCUGCAAUAGCAGAAAGAAAUCUAGAUGACUGGUUGCAGCUUCCUGGCAUUGCGAUUAUAGCCAUUGUCUUCUCAGCUGUCUGUGGGUCAGUGUUUCGUUUCAAUGUCUUGACUUGGUGUUUGGACAAGAAGGGUCCUCUUUAUGUAGCCAUGUUCAAGCCUGUGGGAGUGAUCAUUGCAGCAAUCAUGGAGAUCAUGUUCCUCGGAGGUUCGCUUCAUUUGGGCAGCGUGAUCGGAGCUAUCAUAAGCUCUGCUGGAUUUUACACCGUGCUGUGGGGGCAAGCCAAAGAGAACGCUGCUAUGCUCAAGCUUGAUGACAGUGAUUGUGGCGCCAAAUCAUCGAGCAACAGAGCCCCUCUGUUGGAGUAAUGUAAUGCAGGAUACUAUCUGAAGCUGGAUAUUGUUAUUAUUGUAUGCUUAUGCUUUGCAGAACAGGUAAUUAGAAAUUCAUUAAAAGCUUAAGCUUAAAGCAUGGUUUCAGUAUCCUCAAUCUUCAAAAAUUCAAGUAAAAUUUGUAAUGGGUAAUCUCUAUUAAUAGUGGAAUGAAUGAAUGAUUGAUUCAGUAUC